AUGGCGAUGAACGAAGAAGGAGGAUAUUUAGGUGCAAUGACUUAUCAAUGUUUGUAUAGUGGUGUGUUGGAUCGCAUUGUUCAGAACCAUCGAAAUGAUAAUGCAGCUGUUCAUUUCCUUCAUCGCUUGCGAAGUAUCCUCAGACAAGCUGAUAUCGCUUCACCAUCUUUUCUUUUCGAUUUCACGAAAGUUCUGUUAUAUGAUUCAGACUUAAAUGUAAAUUUGCAGGAAGCUUUUUUGCGAAUGCAAGCUACAGCACCUACUGGAGAUUUAGAAUUACCGAAUUUGCAUCAGUUACAAUAUCGUGAACUUUCAUUAAGAGCGAUUGCUUUAAGGCGAGUUUUGGCUCGUGUACCUGAAGAAAUGUUUGAUCGACGAACCUUUCUAGAAACAAUAAAAGAAAUAGCUUCAUCUAUCAAAAGACUUCUGGAUGCUACAAAUGUAGUAAUGCAGAUAGUUCAUCCAAGUGCUCAACUUUCAGUUGAGAAAAGAAAACGAGAGUUCGUUCAUUAUUCAAAGCGAUUUAGUAACACCUUGAAAGAGUACUUCAAAGAUCAGAAUGCAACGCAGGUUUCGAUCUCAGCGAAUCAAUUGAUUUUCCAGACAACUUUGCUCAUUAGAACUAUACGAGAGAAAAUGCGUAAAGUAAGUAAUGGAAAACCUUAUUGA